AUGGCGGCGCAAUGUGCUCGUUCCGCGCUGCAGGCGGGGCGAUGUGCGCGUUCCGCGCUGCAGGCGGCGCAAUGUGCGCGUUCCGCGCUGCAGGCGGGGCGAUGUGCGCGUUCCGCGCUGCAGGCGGGGCGAUGUGCGCGUUCCGCGCUGCAGGCGGGGCGAUGUGCGCGUUCCGCGCUGCAGGCGGGGCGAUGUGCUCGUUCCGUGCUGCAGGCGGGGCGAUGUGCGCGUUCCGCGCUGCAGGCGGGGAGAUGUGCUUGUUCCGCGCUGCAGGCGGGGCAAUGUGCUUGUUCCGCGCUGCAGGCGGGGCGAUAUGCUCGUUCCGCGCUGCAGGCGGCGCGAUGUGCUCGUUCCGCGCUGCAGGCGGCGCAAUGUGCACGUUCCGCGCUGCAGGCGGGGCGAUGUGCGCGUUCCGCGCUGCAGGCGGCGCAAUGUGCUCGUUCCGCGCUGCAUGUGGCGCAAUGUGCGCGUUCCGCGCUGCAGGCGCGGCGUGUUGCUUCUUUCCUGAUUCCCGCCCUUUUCUGCCGGUUUCCCGCCUUGUACGAAGAACGUAUGACCGUGGCGCCGCCGCCCGCCUCUCAGCCAAUCACGGAUGGCCACGUGGCGGGGCAGGUGGGCAACGGCGCGGCGAGGAGAGAGGCACGAGGUGAGACCAUGACGAGGCGUCAUCACCUCCUGUACUCCCCUCUCCUCACCUCGUCCGUCCCCCCGUACUCAUCUCCUCUCGUCCUCUCUUCUCACCUCCCCUGUCCCCCGUACUCACCUCCUAAACGCGCUUGUUUUGUGCCCUCGUUAUGCCCUCCCCCCCUGACCUCCUUAAUCCCCCCUCGCCUCCUCUUCCCCCCCCCAAUCACCGCCUCUCUCACCCUCCACCCUCCCACCCCAGAGGUGGCUGAGGUCUGCCGGACUUGGCCUCGACCACUCAUCUCUGCUCCCCUGCGCUCACCUCUGCUCCCCUGCGCUCACCUCUGCUCCCCUGCGCUCACCUCUGCUCCCCUGCGCUCACCUCUGCUCCCCUGCGCUCACCUCUGCUCCCCUGCACUCACCUCUGCUCCCCUGCACUCACCUCUGCUCCCCUGCACUCACCUUUACUGUUCACCCACUUUUCACACCACCGUUUCCCCGUCCCCCACUGUUCACGCCAUUGUUUCCCCGUCCCCCACUGUUCACGCCAUUGUUUCCCCGUCCCCAAAUGUUCACACCACUGUUUCUCCGUCCCCCGUUGUUCACACCACGGUUUUUUCCCCACUGUUCACCCACCUUUUGUUCCCUCUGUUCCCUCUGUUCACCCCUCUGCCAUCCCCGCUUGCUCGCCAUGCUCCCCGCACUCACUUGCUAUGCUCCCUCCCCCCACUCACUCAUUGCCCGAAACAUCCAGCCAGAGGGAGGGAGGCGAGGGAGAUUGCCUCCACACUCACCACCUCUGCUCCCCACACUCACCAUCCCCCCCCACUUAUCACCACUCUUCACCUUCCCCCACCACCGCUCCCCUUUAUUCACCUUUCCCCACUGCUCCCCAGCACUCAUCUCUGCUCCCCUGCGCUCACCUCUGCUCCCCUGCGCUCACCUCUGCUCCCCUGCGCUCACCUCUGCUCCCCUGCGCUCACCUCUGCUCCCCUGCGCUCACCUCUGCUCCCCUGCGCUCACCUCUGCUCCCCUGCGCUCACCUCUGCUCCCCUGCACUCAUCUCUGCUCCCCUGCGCUCACCUCUGCUCCCCUGCGGUCACCUCUGCUCCCCUGCGCUCACCUCUGCUCCCCUGCGCUCACCUCUGCUCCCCUGCGCUCACCUCUGCUCCCCUGCGCUCACCUCUGCUCCCCUGCGCUCACCUCUGCUCCCCUGCACUCACCUCUGCUCCCCUGCACUCACCUCUGCUCCCCUGCACUCACCUCUGCUCCCCUGCACUCACCUUUACUGUUCACCCACUUUUCACACCACCGUUUCCCCGUCCCCCACUGUUCAUGCCAUUGUUUCCCCGUCCCCCACUGUUCACGCCAUUGUUUCCCCCCAGCCAGGUGUGGGAGCGUGAGGUGGAGCACGUGUCCGGAGGAGAGCUGCAGCGCUUUGCCAUUGGAGUGGUGGGGGUGCAGCUGGGAGACAGACAUCUACAUGUGUGGGAGCGUGAGGUGGAGCAUCUGUCAGGAGGCGAGCUGCAGCGGUUUGCCAUUGGAGUGGUGGCGGGGCAGCUGGGAGACAUCUACAUGUUUGAUGAGCCUUCCAGCUACCUGGACGUGCGGCAGCGAUUGAAGGCAGCGCAGGUCAUCCGCUCGCUGCUGCGCCCCGACAGAUACGUCAUUGUGGUGGAGCACGAUCUCAGUGUGCUUGACUAUCUCUCGGACUUCAUCUGCUGCCUCUACGGCAAGCCCGGUGCCUACGGGGUGGUCACGCUGCCCUUCUCCGUGCGAGAGGGCAUCAACAUCUUCCUGGCUGGCUUCGUGCCAACCGAGAACCUGCGCUUCCGAGACGAGUCGCUCACAUUCAGGGGGACGAAAACCCCGGUGGAUAAUCCUGAGGAGGGAGGCCAAGACGUACAGUCGGUUCGGUACAGGUAUUUGGGCAUGAUCAAGAAGCACGGCGGGUUCAACCUCCUCCUUCCCCUCCCUCACUCCAUUCUUUCACCCCCCUUCAUUCCAUCUCAGGUGGCUGAAACCCCGGUGGAUAAUCCUGAAGAGGCCAAGACGUACACGCGGUGGCUGAAACCCCGGUGGAUAAUCCUGAAGAAGCCAAGACGUACACGCGCUACAAUCGAUAACCCUGAAGAGGCCAAGACGUACACGCGCUACAAGUACCCGCGCAUGGUCAAGAAGCAGGGCGGAUUCAAGCUGACGGUGGAACCUGGUGACUUCACGGACUCACAGAUCGUGGUGAUGCUGGGGGAGAACGGCACCGGCAAGACCACCUUUAUCCGCAUGCUGGCGGCUCUCUCAAGGCCGGACCCAGAUGAGGAAACCGGCAAGGAGGCCCAAGAUCCAGACGAGGAGACCGGGAAAGAAGCUGAGGACCUCCCGGAGUUCAACGUGUCGUUCAAGCCGCAGAAGAUCAGCCGCAAGUUCCCCCUCUCAUACCCUCUCGCUGACCCGGACGAGGAGACCGGCAAGGAGGCCGAGGACCUCCCGGAGUUCAACGUGUCGUACAAGCCGCAGAAGAUCUCCCCCAAGUUCCCCCACAGCGUGCGCGCGCUGCUGCACUCCAAGAUCCGAGACUCGUUCCACCACCCACAGUUCAACACCGACGUGCUGCGCCCCAUGCAGAUCGACCCGCUCCUGGACCAGGAGGUGGUGAAUUUGUCGGGUGGGGAGCUGCAGCGCGUGGCUAUUACCCUUUGUCUGGGAAAGAUCGACCCCCUGCUCGACCAGGAGGUGGUGAAAAUCUCAGGAGGGGAGCUGCAGCGCGUGGCCAUCACGCUGUGCCUUGGCAAGAUCGACCCCCUGCUCGACCAGGAGGUGGUGAAUUUGUCAGGAGGAGAGCUGCAGCGCGUGGCUAUUUCCCUCUGCCUUGGGAAGCCUGCCGACAUCUACCUCAUAGACGAGCCCUCGGCCUAUCUAGAUUCGGAGCAGCGCAUCGUGGCAGCCAAGCCUGCCGACAUCUACCUGAUUGAUGAACCCUCAGCCUACUUGGAUUCAGAGCAGCGCAUUGUGGCGGCCAAGGUGAUCAAGCGCUUCAUCCUGCACGCCAAGAAGACGGCGUUUGUGGUGGAGCACGACUUCAUCAUGGCCACGUACCUGGCGGACCGCGUCAUCGUGUACGAGGGGCAGCCGUCGGUGGACUGCACGGCGCGCACGCCCCAGUCGCUCAACAGCGGCAUGAACCUCUUCCUCUCGCAACUGGACAUCACGUUCCGGCGCGACCCCACCAACUUUCGGCCGCGCAUCAACAAGAUGGAUUCUGUCAAGGACCGCGAGCAGAAGAAUGCCGGCACCUACUACUACCUGGACGACUGA